UACAUAAUAACUGUACACGAUCGAUCCCUAACGCGUCCCAUUGUUUCAGGAGACCCAAAAAUAAACUAGGGUACGUAGAGCGUGCAAGGUAGCAACAAAGCCCACCUGAUCGACUCGCGCAAUCGUGAGCUUGAAAUGCCCAGCGACGACGACCACCGCCGUCAAGCCGUCGUCCCCGACGACGACGGGAAAGAUGUGCGGGAGAUACCGGUCUCCGACGGCUCGUCGGCGGAGCACAAGGAGUGGCUCAAGGAGAUGCGCGGGUGGCUGGUCGUGCUGGCCACCCUGGCCGCGUCGGUGACGUACCAGGCGGGGCUGAACCCUCCCGGCGGGUUCUGGCAGGACAGCAACGGGCACCUCGCCGGCAACCCGGUGCUGCACGACGGCACGUUCGUGAGGCGGUACCUGACGUUCUACUACUUCAACGCGACGGCGUUCGCGACGUCGCUGGUGAUCAUCAUCCUGCUCCUCAACGAGCGGUUCUACAAGUCGGAGGCCAAGGUGGCGGCGCUCACCCUCACCACCAUGGUCGACCUCAUGAGCCUCGUCGGCGCCUACAUCGCCGGCUCCACGCGCGACAUGGCCAACUCCAUCUACAUCAUCGUGCUCACCUGCUUCCUCUUCGUCUGCGUCGUCUACAUCGCCAGGGUGCUGCCAACCCUUUGCUUCAUCGUGCUCUUCAUGUCGCCGCCGCUAUACUGGCUGGCUGAAAAGGGAUGGCUGCCGGUGACAGAACACAUGAAGAAGAGAGUUGAGGCGGCCAAGGAGAGGGAGCGAAAGGAGGAGGAGAAGCAGAGAGAGCGACCCAAACCCCGGAGGAGCCGGUGCUUCAGCUGCAACUGCUGCGCCUGCUGCAGAGCGUUCGAGUACGACGACAUUGAGAGCAGGGGGUUGCGAAAAACUGAAGACAACUGAAUUAUUUGCUGCAUAAUAAGUCACAUCUUGACAUGCCUGCCUGACUAAUUUUUUCAUUGGGUAUUCAUGAAAUACAUCCGAUCCUUUUCUGUCUUCGUGGAAAGAGAAAAAAAAUAAUACAUAUGCAAU